CACACACACACACACACACACACACAUUAUGUGUUUACUAUGUGUUAACUCCAUAGUGAGCAGAUGGUGUGUGUGUGGGGGGGGGAGUGAGUUAAAAAAAGAAAAGAGAAGAAAGAAAUAGUAAAAGUCUAUUUUAUAGAUGAAGAGAGAGGGAGAGACAGAAAAAACAGGGAGAAAGGGAAAAGAAAAAAAAAAAGAAACACCAGGGAGAAGAGAGAGAGAGAGAGAGAGAGAGAGAGAGAGAGAGAGAGAGAGAGAGAGAGAGAGAGAGAGAAAGAGAGCAUGGAAAAUCACAGAAAGAAAAACAGGGAAAGGGGUAGAAAGAAAGAAAGACAGAAAAACAGAAUGAAUAAACAGAGAGCUACAGUAGAAAAAGACUAGGGAACGUGGACAGAGGUAAAUGUUGUGUGUCUACUUACCUCUUUGUGUGUGUGUGUGUGUGUGUUUGAACAGGUAAACUGGCAGAGUGGUGGAUGAAGGACGACUAACAAGUGAACGAGUGGAGUGAGAGAUCUGCCUGCCUUGCCAUGGCACUCUGGUUCCUGAAGCGAAGUGGAGACUUCAGCACCAUGAUCACAGUGAUGAGCUUACUGGCGUUGUGUCAGGGGGACGCAGGAGACGAGGGGACGAGUGUGAGAGCCCUGAUUAGAGAGAAGAGAGGAUGGGUGUGGAAUCAGUUCUUUGUGCUGGAGGAGUACGCUGAAGACAAACCACUCUACGUCGGAAAGCUUCACUCAGAUUUGGAUAAAGGAGAUGGCUCUGUUAAAUAUAUUCUAUCAGGAGAAGGUGCAGGAACCACGUUCAUACUGGAUGACAGCACUGGUGAUAUCCAUGCUAUACAGAGGCUGGACCGUGAGAUGAAAGAGCACUACAUCCUACGUGCUCAGGCCACUCAUCGCCACACAGGCCGCGCCCUCGAACCCGAGUCCCGCUUCGUAGUCAAGAUCCAGGAUAUUAAUGACAACGAGCCCAAGUUCCUGGAUGGACCCUACCAGGCCACCGUACCCGAGAUGUCUCCUGUCGGUACGUCUGUGAUUCGGGUGACGGCGACGGACUCCGACGACCCAUCGUACGGGAACAGCGCCCGAGUGGUGUACAGUGUUGUGAAAGGGCAGCCGUAUUUCUCAGUGGAUCGACACACAGGUGAGGUGCGCGUGUCACUGCCUGAUAUGGAUCGAGAGGUCAAAGGUCAAUAUGAGGUCGUGAUUCAGGCUAAAGACAUGGCGGGGCAGCUGGGAGGUUUGGCAGGAACGACGACGGUCAACAUUACUCUGAGCGACGUCAACGACAAUCCUCCCCGCUUCACUCAGAAGCUGCACCAGAUGAGCGUCCUGGAAUCCGUACCCAUUGGUACUGUAGUUGGCCAUGUCCAGGCUCAAGAUCAGGAUUUAGGUAUCAAUGCGGAAAUGCGGUACGGAGCGAUCGACGGGGAUGGACGAGACGUGUUCGACAUCAGCGCCGACUCCACCAACACGUACGGGGUCAUCACUGUCAAACAGCGUCUGGACUUCGAGACGGCGCGGAGCUACACUCUGAAAGUGGAGGCCGCUAACACACACGCCGACAAGCGUUUCUCUGCUAACGGGCCAUUUAGCGAUGUCGCCACAGUGCAGGUGAGUGUAGAGGACGUGGAUGAGCCGCCGCAGUUCAGCGCCACACUUUAUUAUGCAGAAGUCCGUGAAGACUCUGAGAUCGGCAGCGUGGUGAUCGCCAUCUCAGCCCGAGACCCCGACGCCGCUAACAACUCCGUACGUUAUAUGAUUGAUCGUGUCAGUGAUCCAGAUCAGUAUUUCUCAGUGGGCGUGUCCAAUGGUUCACUGAUGACUGUACUUCCGCUGGACAGAGAGGAAAACAGCUGGCAUAAUCUCACUGUAGUCGCCGUGGAGACAAAUAACCCACUGAAGUCAGCGAGUGUAUCUGUGGCUAUAAGAGUUCUAGACGUCAACGAUAAUCCUCCAUCAUUAACUCAUCAUUACGAAGCUUUCUUGUGUGACAACGCAAGAGCAGGACAGCUGGUCCAAUCAUUAAAAGCCGUAGAUGCGGACGAGCCAAUAGGAGGACAUCGUUUCCGUUACACUCUUCCUCCUGAAACACAGAAAAAUCCCAACUUCACCCUCAUAGAUAAUCAUGAUAACUCUGCGAGGGUGCUGACGCGGCGGAGUGGCUGGGCGUCUCCAAGUGUGUACCAUAUUCCCAUCACCGUGUCUGAUGGAGGAGAACCAGUCCAAUCCAGCACGCACACCCUGACUGUCCGAGUGUGUCAGUGUGACGCAGACAGGGAUGUCCCGUCCUGCCGUAACGCUGAACCUUACACACUCCCAGCUGACCUGAGCACAGCAGCGCUGACCACCAUGCUUGCCUGUGGCUCCAUCGUGCUUGUUAUGCUAGUGCUCAUGCUGUUCUUGAGCAGCAGCGUUAAAAAAACGUUCCCCGGUGACGAGGAAGAAAAUGUGCGGGAAAACAUUGUUCAUUACGAUGACGAAGGUGGCGGGGAGGAAGACACAGUGGCGUUUGACAUCACCAAACUGUGGAAGACACACACGGAGGCACUAAGCUACGCUGAACUAGCGCUUAACAGCAGUAAACGACGACACGUUGACAAUAAGGAUAUAAAACCAAACAUUAUGCUACGACAGGAAAAGCAGCCCGAGAUCCAGAGCCUGUCAUGCUACGUGUCUCAGACAGACGCUAACAAGUACAGUACUAAUGCUAACGGCAGUACCGUGUACGACUAUGUGCUGGCCAAGCUCUGCCAGGUGGACCUGGAUGCCAAAGUGCCGCCGUAUGACUCGCUGCAGACGUACGCUUAUGAAGGCGAGGGCUCCAUCGCCGAGUCGCUCAGCUCGCUGCAGUCUAACGACGAUAACGAACUCGAUUACGAUUAUUUAGACGAGUGGGGGCCGAGAUUUCACGCACUCGCAGAGCUGUACGGCACAAGCGAGAGUAACUUUUAGCACAAAUGUCCAGAAGCAUAUCGUUGCCAUGGAGAUAUGGCGAAUAGUGCGAUUCUGAAACAACGACACGUCUGUAACAUCGUUUAUGGAUACAGCACAGGUUUAAUCGAUUUAUUGAUUAUAUAUAAUGAUUCAGUUUAGCAUGAAAUCUCAGACUUUACCAUCAUGCGAUUUUAUGAUUCUUUAGAAUCAACUUGAUUCAGUGGAGUAUUACAGUUAAGACUCGAACAGAAUUUGAUUCACUUGGAAACAGUUUGGUUCAUCACAAGAUCUUAAACUUUACAAUUUAAUUUGUUCAAUUGGAAGUUAUACCCAGAAUCUCAGACUACAAUUGACCCUUACUCUUUAGAAAAGGAUUUACAUUCCUGAUUGCUUCAUUUGGAAAUGAUCAUUUGAAAACUCAUGAAAUCUGUCUACAGGGCCAUUCAAUUACAAGUUGAUUUAGUAAUUCAUCCAAGUCAGAGUCAUUUUUAACCUGUGAAACAGCUUGUCAACUUAACUUUAGUAAAAAAUGAGAAUAAAUAAAAAGGUUUAUAUACAAGUUUAACUGUUUAGUCUGGAGAGAUUUACAACUUGACUAUGGACAGUUAUUUAUUUUCUAUUAAUGUGCUUACCCACCCUGUGAGACAGAACAGAGGUGUUAUAUGGUGUGCAUUUACAGAACAGUUUCUGUAUAGUGAGUGGUUGAUAGUGUGUUGUGAGUUUUUAGCUAAACAUUAGCAUCACUGAAUGAUUUGAUCCAGCAUGCUUUAUAUUUUAUUGCACAUGUAUUUUUGUAUGCUUAAUAAUAAUAAUAAUAAUAAUAAUAAUAAUAAUAAUAAAU